UAUAAGAUGAUACUAGACCUCCUGAGGACAACACCCAAGCUGGAGAGAGUGUACCACGAGACUGCGCGACGGGCUUUUCUUUUCUGUAAAGAGAAUCAGCGGCCCCAAGAGUUUAAGAGACUCUGCGAUGUUUUGCGUAGUCACUUCACCAUCGUGGUGAAAAACAGACACAAGGAAGACUAUGAAGGUCUCUUGAGACCAGACCUGCAUCUCGAAACGCGCAUGCUGCAGCUCGUUGUGGCAGCGGAUCUCUUGCUGUGGCGUGAGUGUGCAGCCACUGCUGAAGACUUGCUGACGCUGGGCCUGCACGAUUCGUUCGUUCGUACUAUUCGGACAAAUCAGGAACUCUUUCACCGCAGCAGAGAGAAGCUCAUGAUAUGGCUCGCCAUCUACUACGAAAAAAUGGCCAAAGUCACCUGGGUCGCUGACAAUUAUCUUUUUCAUGCUCUUGCCUGGCUCAAACUUCUUCUGCACAUCAAAGGUUAUAAAAGAAAUGCUUCCAUACAAGACUUACAGUCAAUGGCCUCCGUUGUUGUUCUAGCUGUACUUGCAAUACCCGUCUCUGGAUUAGAGAGAGAAGAAGGAGGAAGUGGCAGCGGAUUACAAGAGACACUUCUAUCGCCGUCUUCGGGUUCUCUCGAGCAACAGAAACGCAUGGCGAUGCUGCUAGGGCACUCGACGCUUCCCACACGCGAGGCAUUGAAAAACGUUUUGUAUUCGAAGGAUAUCGUUUCUCUUGCAGAUGAAAGCUGUCAGCAGCUGCUGGCUCUUGUUGAAAGCGAAUUCCCUCCCCUCAAGCUCUGCUCUCUUUGUGAGCCUUUACUGGAGCGUAUAUCGAAGAACCCGACGUUGGAGCCGUACGUGAUCCCCUUGAAACGUGUGAUUUUUCACAAGCUGAUAUUUCAGCUUUCACGUGUCUAUGCAACACUCUCGAUCAAACAUUUCACAACGCAUAUAUGUACAAAUUCAUUUCUGCCAUGGUCAGAAGCAGAAAAGCUUUUCGUCGCAUUAGUGCAACAGCAACAGCAACAGGCAGCCUUAUUAGCCCAGCAACAACUGGCAGGUGGGGGAGUGCUGUGCAUACGUCUCGAUUAUGCAACGAGUGCCAUUCUUUUCGAGACACCCGAAGCUGCUGCUGCGAACGUACUGAAGCAUCAACUUUCUAAUCUCGCCAAGCAUAUUGACAAAGCAAUACAUAUGAUAUCACCGGGUCAGUCUCCGGAAGAGCGGCUCGAGAGAGAAGCAUUCAUCGCGGAGCUACCAAGUCGCUUGGAGGCAGAGACAAAACGCAUGGCCGAGAGAACGCGCAUCACGCACUCUCGUCGAUUAGAGAAACAAGAGGAACAACAGCGCGUCGAAGAAGAAAGACGAAGAAGGGAAGCAGAGCAACGACGUGUGGAGGAGAGACAAGAGCGUGAACGACGAGAGGAAGCAACACGCCGCCGUGAGGAGAGGCGUAUGCAACAAGAGAAGAUCAAGCAGAGGAGCGAAACAGCCGCACAGAUGUUAGAGGAGAUCAAAAAGAUUGGAGGCAAAGCUUCCAGUACUAUCUUAAUUAAGGGAAAACAGCUCGGAGAAAUCAAUAUUGACGACGUCCUGCAAGGAAAUGUCGACUACGAUGACCUAGAGCGUGCACAGCUCAUGCAACUGAAUAAGGAGAAACUAGCGCGCCAACGCCAACGACGACAGAACUACCGGCGUGUCUGUCAUUUCAUACGCGCAUGCCGCGAAGAGGAGUUGCCGCUGCUAAUGCGCUGGCAGGAGGAGACGCUUGCACAGGACUCUGAAAUUCUCUUGGAAAUGCAAACUAAGCAGGAAGAAGAACAUAAAGCAGCAUUUCAGGCUGCGUUAGAAGAGAAGCAAGUUUUCGAAGUAAUUAAAAAAGACAAAGAAGCCUGGGUGGCUGCACGACUUGAAGAGAGGCAAAAAGAGUUUGAAGUACAAGCACAACAGCAAAGAGAGCGACUCACGGAAGUAUUGAAGCAACAAAAGAUACAACGUGCACGAGUACGGAAAGAAGAACAUUUCAAAAGAUUGAAACUCGAGGCUGAACGAAGACGGAUGGAAGAGGAGCAGAAAAGAUACUUAGAGCAAAUGGAAAAGAAGCGACAAGAAGAAGAGACGAAAGCGAGACGUCUCGCGGAGCUGGCUGAAAGACAAAUGCAGCGAGAACUUGAAGUGGAGGAGAAACAGCGCCAGCUCGACAAAGAAUUAUUAAGCAGACAAGGGGGAGGUGGUGGUCGCGGUGGAUUGUCUGCGGAUAAUAUGACGGCAGCAGGAGCAGCGGGAGGGGCAGCAACAACAGCAUCACCUGGAACUAUGUCUGUAUUAUCUUCACCCACCCCAGGAGUUUCCUCUGGUAUUGGUGGUGCUCCUCCUUCCUUGUCCGCUGGGGCUGGUGGCAGUAAUAAUAUGACAGCAGCAGCAGGAGGAAUAGAGCGAGGCAGCGGUGGAGGAGGAGGACCACGAGUAGGAGGAGGAGGUGGAGGAGGAGUUGAAGACGACUGGCGACGUGGUGGUGGUGGUAGUAAUAAUAAUGUUGGAGGAGCGGCGGGAGGGGGUGGUGGUGGUAGUAGUAAUUUCGAUAGUAAGCAGCUCUCUGGAAGGAGAGAAAGGCUUUCAUCCGGAAGAGGUGGUGGUAGUGGUGGUGCUGGUGGUGCAGGAGGAGGAGCCAUGUCACCUGACGAGGGGUUUGAGCGUUGGCGAAGUGGCAAUACUUCGGCAGCAGGAGGAAAAGAAGGGGGAGUAAACGCAGCAGCAGGAGGCAUUAGUGGAGCUCCGUCUGGACGUCCUCGCGUACGUUUGGCAGCGGCUGCUGCAGCACUGAAUGCGGCAGUGGGAGCGGCGGGACCAGCGGCAAAUAAUAAUCACCCACCACCAAUGCGCAUGCAACAGCAGCAGCAACAGAACGGCCAGAUCCUGUCUAGAGCUACCGCAGCUGCUCCCCCUUUCGCUGCAGCAGGAAUAACUGAUGAUGAUGAAGGCUUCACUACUGUCAGCAGUCGCCCUGGCACUGGGCAGCACGAGUACUAUUUUCCCUUAUUAGAGAAGAGUUAUAGGAGCAGCGGUGUCUCUCAAGAAGUCAACACAGGAGUAAGGAAAAGCAUUGGUACAGUGGCCUUGCUAUCACUUAUACUGGAGAAUGAGCAGCAGCAGCAGCACGCGUAA